AUGUCAGGGUUUAAAAGAUUUUGCAAAAAAGGAAAGUUAACGGAUGAAGAAGUACGCGAAUUGCUAUGCAAUAGCGAUGAAUUUCUUUACAAUAGCACUGACGAAAGUGACACUGACACCGAAAAUGAGAGCAAUGAUAUACAGGGAACGUCUAAUAUGCAACAAAUUUUGCAAAAAGAUCAAGACUCUGAAUCUGACGAAGAUAUUGAACUUGAAGAAUCUAUACAUGACUCUUUUGUCAAAAUGAUGAAUGAUGAUCAGGAUAUGGAUAUGAAUAUAUAUAACGAACAAUCAGAAGAGCUCAAUUUAAUGCCUUCUACAUCCUCUUUACAAACUAGUCCUAUAAAUGUUUGGUCUACAUUUUCUUCUGAAUUCAGUGGUGUAAAUAUAAAUCCCAAGUCUUCCGAGUUUGAAAAGGUUUUGUGGAAAAAGGGUAACCUACAAUUUAAGAAAGAGCAAGUUAAAUUUGGGGGAGAUAUAAGUCUUCCAGACAAUAUAAAAGCAUUGGACACCCCAUACAAAGUUUGGUGUCACUUGUUUCCAAAAUCGUUGGAGGAACAUAUAGUUAACGAGUCUAUAAAAUAUUCAGGAAUAGAUAACAUAAAUUUUAGCAUAUCGGAACUACGUAAAUUUAUCGGAAUUCUUUUUUAUAUGUCUUAUUAUAAGCUUCCAAAUUCACGAGAUUAUUGGUCUGAAAAAGAAGACCGUUGCGUUAAUAUUAUAAAAAAACAGAUGAAUAGGAGGCGCUUCGAAAAAAUUCGAGAAAUUAUACAUUUUAAUGAUAAGGAUAAAAAACCUUCUCGAGAUGAUCCUAAUCGAGAUAGACUUUAUCUGAUCAGACCUAUUAUUGAAUCACUCAAUAGAAAUUUCGGCUCCGUUCCAAAAUUGAGCAGGUUAUGUGUGGACGAGCAAAUGUGCUCUUCGAAAAUUGGUAAUUAUAUGAAGCAAUAUAUGCCUAAUAAACCGAAAAAGUGGGGCUUUAAAUUUUAUGUUAUGUGCGAUACAAUGGGAUAUGCAUACAAAUUUGAAAUAUAUAAUGGAUCAAAUGAAAUUUGUGCUGAAGGAGAACCGGAUCUUCAACCUUCUGCGAAUAUAGUUGUGCGCCUACUUCGUGAAGUACCCAGAUUUAAAAAUUAUGUAGUGUACUUUGACAAUUUUUAUACAACAAUACCGUUGUUAGUGUAUUUGCGUUCACAAGUGUGUGCCACCACCACUAUUCAAGAUGACGUCGAAAGUGAACGUCAAUUAUUGUUUGAAUCUUUAAUUUAA